AGACAAUGACCAAUAUUUAUACAGUCCUAUCACCAGAUGACUGUUCUGCAGGGAACGACACUAGACAGAGUUCAAUGUACACCACUUUCCUAUUAUAUCCGAGUGUGGAAGGCUGAGGGCUGAUAUAUCCGUGCUACAAAAUAACAGUAUUUUUUUUGUUGAACAUUUGCAGUUGCAAUCUAUAAAGUUGAGGCGGGGCAGAAGUCGUCAGCAAUAUGUGAGACGGGCGUUUUUCUCAUUUAUGCAACUCUUCCGUUCUCCCUAACAUGCUUCAAGCAAGCAUGAAAAUAAACAGGUUCUGUCGGAGUAGGUGAUAAAGCCAAGCAGCACGCUCUUUUUGACGAGUCCAGCACGGACUAGGAAUGCGAUACAGUCUCAUUGGAGAAUAAGUUUCGAGAGAAGGACUAAAUAGUAACAAACAGCCUAAACUGAAACCAUGGACGUAUUCAAUUCACGAAGAAUCUCAGUUGAGCCAUAAAGUUCUCUCUCAGGAAUCAGUAUGGCGCACCACUCUCAGUGUUCCUCAGCCGGGGAUAACCCCCUGGACCCCAAAUGCCUGCCUUCCCACUUCCGCGAGGAGUACCGGCUGGCCAUUGACGCACUUGUGGAGGAUGACUUGGAGGGCUAUUAUCAAUUCCUCCAGAGUGCGGAUGUGGUGGACUUCCUCUCCAGACAGGAAAUUGAGCACAUUAGGUGCACAGUGCAAAUUCCGUACCAGAGCACUCAGCCAGAGCUCCCGUAUGUAGAGUCUGAGGGAGAUGGCUCUUCAGACACAUACUGGCCUGUGCACUCUGACUUGGAUGCACCUGGUCUUGACCUUGGCUGGCCCCAACAGCAUCACUUCAUAGGCCCCACCGAGGUCACCACGCUGGUUAACCCCUCUGAGCCAGAUAUGCCCAGUAUCAAGGCGCAGGCUCGUCGACUUAUCAAGAAUGCUCAACAAGUGAUUGCUGUGGUAAUGGACACCUUUACAGAUGUGGACAUCUUCGCUGAUAUUCUGGAUGCUGCCAUGCGAAAUGUUGCCGUGUAUAUCAUUCUGGAUGAACAGAACGCACACCACUUUACUACCAUGGCAUCCAACUGCCGGGUCAAUCUGGAGAGCAUUCAAUUCAUGCGUGUCAGAACUGUGUCAGGCAUCACCUAUCGCUGUCGCUCUGGAAAGUCCUUCAAGGGUCAGAUGCUGGAUCGCUUCUUGCUGACAGACUGCAGGGCUGUCCUGAGUGGAAACUAUAGCUUCAUGUGGUCUUUUGAGAAGAUUCACCGUUGCAUGGCUCACCUCUUUCUUGGACAGCUUGUGGCUACUUUUGAUGAGGAGUUCCGGAUCCUGUUUGCACAGUCCCAACCUUUGGUACCUGAAAAUGUUCUUGUUCCAGUGCCAGACUACAGCAGUUUAUCUGACAGCCAAUACAGCACUGAUAGGACACCAUUGUUCAGAGAUCCCAGAAAGUUCCUGCCCAUCGAGAGCUCUCGUCCUAAAGAAUGGGCUAGACAUUCCUUUGAUGAUCAGAAAAGAAUGCCCCCUGGAAGGCACGAGCACAUCCACAGGUCACUAGAUCAGGGUUCACUUGAUAUGUACAGAAACAAGUACUCCUCACAGCAAUUUAGAAUAGAGCAGCAGUAUUUUAUGGAGCAAGGUCACCCUAUGAUGCAGUCAAACACAAUGGAUUUUGCUGGCUCUAAAAGGCACAGUUAUGCAGAGGGCACUUAUGCCAGACACUCCUCCCCUCAAUUCAUGCAGCACCAAGCCAUGCACAACUUUGAGGAGGGUAUGGCAACCCAGAGCAGGAAGAUACAUAGGGAACAGCAUCACUACCAGAGAACAGGGCCAGAGCCUGGUUUUGGUAGCUACGAUCAAUUCAGUGACCAAGGGUACCCUCCGAUGGAUCAGUAUUCUGAGUCUGGUUACCCACAUGGAAUAGAGAUAGAGCCACCAGACAACUAUGACCCUGUAGUGAAUUAUUUAUCAUCCUCGAAACUUGCUGUGGAGAUGGGACAUGGCUCAGACAAAUUAUCACAUCCAGGAGAGGGUCCCUUUUGUCAUUCAAACGCAAAAAGACUGAGCGUGGGCCAUCCUUAUGCCUGUCAGACCUCCCCAACACAACAAAACCUGUCUGAACAGAAGCAGUUUUUUGUUGGGUCUGGUUCGGACCGUAAAACACAGGAUCCCAGUGCAAAGCAGGGAAUGCGAGAUUGGAGGAUCAGCUCAUACCUCAGUGCAUAUGAUGAUGCCGGAGAAGAAGACAUUUCACAGCCUUUUGGAAAUGACCCCUUUGAAGAGCCCCUUAAUCCUUCACAAGGAAUAAUAUUUGCUCCACUGGUAUCAGAUCCCAAGUUUAAUGCCAAAGAGUUACCCAAGAUUGCAGGGCUCAGGUUAAAGACCACACGCCCAGAACAUUCAAGAACACCAGCUAUUAUUGUUAGCAUGGCAACAGAUGAAGGCGACAAAUCAGAGAACAUGGAUGUAAAAGAGCCCAAAAGAGAAGAGUCAUUCCGUAGGAGGUUCAACCCUGCUAUCCAAAGGACCUCAAGGCUAAGAUCCUCACUAAUCUUCAGCUCACAACUAGAACAGCAUAUCUCUCACGAACUGAACCUUACCUCAGGCCAACAUUGCGAGGAAACUGCCAACGAGGAAGAUGACCAAUCUAGAUUAUCCUUGACCGCUCAGAUUUUGGGAAAACGAAGAUCCAUAACAAGAGAACCUUUUGAAUGGAGAUGUAAUAAGCCAGCAACAGUUGAUAAUUCAACCAUAGAGUCUUUGAAAUCUGAGGACAUCACUACUGAUGCCGGUGAUAAGGAAUUGCAAAAUAAUCCUCCUGUGGGCACCGACAUGGCUUCUUCAAAGAAACAACCUAAACCUGACCAUGAAGAAGAAAGCAAAAUGGUACAAUGUGCACAUCCAUCCAAAUCUGCUCAAAUUGAGCAACCCAAAACCAUACAAACAGCAUACCUGCCAUCUUCAUUGAGCAAUACAUUAUAUAUAGAUAUGAAUGAUCCAGACAGUAGGUUCAAGUUUUUUAAAGAGUUGGCUGCCAAACGAAAAGCUGCAAAGACUUCAGAGUCUGAGAGCAGCGCUGAAAAAGCUCCUCUAAAUCCAGUGACUCCAUUUGACUUGACAACAAAGGACGAAGUCACAAGUGUAGAACCUACUCUUCCAGUGGCUCCACUAAAUCCAGCAGAUACUUCCACCAAAAAGCCAUCUACAUCAACAGAGGGACCUCUUAAACCAGAAGAUGCAUCAAACAAAAAGACAGCAACAUCAACAGAGACCCCACCUAAUCCAGCAGAUACUUCCACCAAAAAGACAYCUACAUCAACAGAGGGACCUCUUAAACCAGAAGAUGCAUCAAACAAAAAGACAGCAACAUCAACAGAGACCCCACCUAAUCCAGCAGAUACUUCCACCAAAAAGACAGCUACAUCAACACAGGCCUCUUCGGAAACACUGGAAACCUCACCAGUCUCACAGGAGAAUAAAACAUCCAUGGCAACACAUGGCUCAUUACAUCUUGAUGUCAAAGACAAGGCUUCUAAAGAUAAAGAACAGGAAGAACUUAAUCUUCCCAAAAGUGACUCCAAAACAUUCCUCAGGUGUAGAUUGUCUUGUGACGAUGGGCUACUUAGAGUCGCUACGGAUGCUGAGAAGAUUGAGCUGAAGAACAGUCAGAACCAAAGUGUGUCUGAAGUUAACCCUAGAGAUACAAGUGCAUUUCUUGAGCACACCUCAAAAGAGCAUAGCUUUAACAUCGCCCCAAAGGAGUUUAGUUUAUAUAAACAAUCACCAAAGGAACCAAAUUCUUCAAAUCCUGCUUCAAAGGAGCUGAGCCCAUCUCUUCCACUCACCCUAAAAGAAGUUAGCUCGUCGUUAUCUCCGACAUCAACGAGUUUCAGUUUAACUCAUCUCACUUCAUUUAAACAUGCAGCAAAAGAUUUGAGCUCAGCCCUUACCCCCACCCUUAAUGAGUCCAGUUCAUCUAACCCCCCGUCAAAGCAGCAAUUACUAUCCUCUAAACCAGUCACAGUAGAGUCCAACAAACCUCUGAGCCCCACCCAAUCCGCAUCAAGUGUCUCUUCUCAUCCCAUUCCAUCAAAAUCCAGCACCUCCGCUCAUACCAUCCCAUUGCAAUCAAGUCCCCCCAUUAUUCCUGGUCCAGUUGAGCCAGUUGUGUCUCCCAAGCCUGACAAAACUGAUUCCAAGGAAUCUCUUAGCCUUACCCCAAUCCAAUCUUGCUCGUCCUCAAUCCCUGCCCCUGCAACAGAACUUAGCCUUCUGCCAAGCUCUACCCAAACAAAAUCCAGUUCCUUACCUACAUCCACCUUAGUUGGGUCCACUUCAUCAACACCAAUAGACUCUAACAUCUCUCCCAAUCCCUCCACAAAGGAGUCAUUGUUUACAAUUGCCACAACUGAGUUGAAGUCACCCUCUCCAAAGACCAACCCAAUAAAAUCCUACUCCUCUCCUAGUCCUGGCCAAGAUGAGUUUGUUUUAUCCCCCAAACCCUCCAAAACAGCAUCCAACUCCUCUCCAAAGCCCACCACAGCAGAGUUUAAUGACUCUCCCAACUCCUCACUUCCAUCGCCAAAGCAUGUCACGGAACAAACCAACAAAUCUCCCAUCCUAACACCAACACAAUCUAGUUCUUCUUCCAAUCAAACAACAAGAGAACCCAACCCUUAUCCUAACAACACCCCAACGGAACCAGGUGCAUCUCCUGACCCCACCCCAACAGAUUCAAGUGCAUCUUCUAACCCUACCCAAACAAAAUCACAUUCCUCCCCUAUGUCUGCGUCAGGUGGAUCAGUUUUGUGCCCCAUGUCUGGCCAAACAAAAUCUAUCACUUCUCCAAACCUCACCCCAACCGAAUAUUGCUCCUCUCCUAAUCAUACCCCAACUGAGUCUACCUCACCAUUCAACCCUGUCCUUAUAGAAUCCAACCCAUCAAGUAACUCAAACCCAACUCAUUCCACUGCCUCUCAUGACACUGUCCCAGCUCCAUCCGUCAUUGUGGAUAACAGUAAGAAGGGCAAACUAAGUAACCUUAUCAAGGAGCAAAAAGCUGGAAGUUCUCCUGCCGCUAAAGGUGACAAGAAAGCAGUUGACGCUGAGACAAUGAGCAAAACUGCUCCUGGAGAAUCUGGCUCCCAUGGACCUCAGAGUCCUAAUGAAACCAAAGAGAAUGAUAGCACUAUGAAACCAGAGAGCCCUACAGAUCAAACUAAUCCCAUAUCACCCCCAGUGAAGCAAGCUAAAGUAAGCCAGUCCCACUACCAUUCAUCUACUGCCAAUGUACUCUCAAGCAGCAACCUAAGAGAUGACACAAAGCUCCUUUUAGGGCAGAUUUCUGCUAACAGCCAAAGCCGGACAGAACUCACUACAGAAUCCGCUGUCACUGAUGAUGCCAAACAGGAUGAGGCUGACCGGGGUGUUAGUGGUAAGGAGGAAGCAUCAGCCCAAGGACAGAGCAGAGGCCCGACUAGAACUUCUCAGGAGCGGGAGAAGCUACUUCAGAGAAUCGAGAGCAUGCGGAAGGAGAGGAAAAUAUACAGCCGCUUUGAGAUGGCGCCUUAACCAGGGAUCGGAAGGAUGAGUGAGUAUGGGGAAAGACCAUAGCUAAUUCUCCUCUAAAACUUGUCAUUUAACUAUCUCCAUUCCCCAAAAGUCUAAAACCACAGGUCGGAGAGGCACAGCUAGCUAACCAACAGAGAGCUAUUAUUCUCAGGUUUCUAUAUUAGAGUGUUCCUCCGAAUGGACUAUCUGCAUGUAAAUGAUUAAGGUUUAUGGGAACAUGAACAGAAACUUGACAAAGUUGACUAAGUUUACCAACAUGGACUACUGUAUAAGUAAACAGAGACUCUACAGUGUGGACAAUGGACUACUGCUAUCUACAAGGUGGGAAUGAAACAUGAAAUCUCAUCAGAUAAAUACACAACUAAAUGUGCAAUAUAUUUGAAAACUAUUGUGUUCAUAGACACACCGGACACAUUGUGUCAUUGUUGACUGUAUUGGUCAAGUGCAAUGUAAUAUCUGUUACUCUCAUGGUUGUUUAAUUAUUAUCUGUUUGAGGAUCUGUUUUUAUAUACUAACAGACAUUUCAAAAUACUAAAAUUAGAAUCACCAUUAAUCAUUAUAGAAAAUGUAAUCAUCAUAAACAGUGCAAGUAUAGCUUUCAAUUAGUUAAUGGACCACUUUCUUCAUUUCAGUAGGUUAGUAGGUGUAACAAAUCAGGAUGACAAUGUGCUAGAUAAACCAAAUGCAGGUAACUGCCAAAAUAAUGUAAACACAUAUGUAAAUGAGGGAUACAAAUUAUAUUGAAGGCAUGUGCUUCCAUACAGGUGUGGUUCCUGAAUUAAUUAAGCAAUUAACAUCAUGCUUUGGGUCAUGCAUAAAAAUGCUGGGGCGGCCAUUAUUUUGGAUACUAUUGUUAUACCUCCAUAGGAUGACAAUGCCCCCAUCCGCAGGGCACAAGUGGUUACUGAAUGGUUUGAUGAGCAUGAAAACGAUGUA